AUCGUUUGGAUUUACGAUUAUAGUUUUAGCUAUUUGGCUGGAGUUUUCAUCCCCUUCGGCGGAUCCGUACGCCAAUAAGAUCACAAGUAGACACAGCUUGGAGUGGAAGAUGGUUUGGAGACCAAAUCGAUGCCGAAGAGACAUAAGGAGGAGGAGACAACGAAAGAGCAGAUUGAAGCAAGUGUCGAGUUGUCGGAGACAAAGUCUGAUGAGGCUAAUUUAAUCUCAGAAGCUACUGCCGCCGAAGCAGAAAAGCCGGUCUUUGUUGGCAAACUCCCUCGCGAAACUGAAAUAUCAGAUAUAAUCGAAUUCUUCAAAGAUAUUGGACAAGUUGUCCGUGUUCGACUUGAAACAUACCUCCAGGGCUUGGACCGAGGAGCAUUUGUUGAGUUUGCUUCUGCUAACCAAGCAAAGAAGGCAUUGGAAAAGAAGCAGGGUCAAUAUUUGCACAAUCGCAAGAUUUUUCCUGCUGUGGCUAUUGAGGGAUCCCGAUGCUUUCCACCCAAGUUCUGCAUAGAUCACAAGGUUUGGUACGAAGAAGACUACCUUGAACAACAAGAUUGCCGCCUUCCGAUAGGAAAAGAUCCGAAUUCUGUCAAGGCAGUUGCCAUAAGAAAUAAGACACUCUUUGUUACCAAUCUCUCUCCCAUAACAACAAAAAUAUCACAUAUCAUCAAUUUCUUCAAAGAUGUUGGACAAGUUGUUCAUGUUCGACUUAUUGUAGACCAAAGAUGCAGGAUGGUGGGUUUUGGCUUUGUUGAGUUUGCUUCUGCUAACGAAGCAGAGAAGGCGCUGGAAAAGAAGAAGGGUGAAUAUUUGCACAAUCGCGAGAUUGCUCUUGCUUUUGCUAAGACAGACGCAGACACUUCAAAAGACGCAGACACUUCAAAAACCAAGUAUUGCUUAGAUCACAUGGUUUGGUACGAAGACUACCUUGAACAAGGAGAAAUAGAAGAUGCAGCAGUAGAAGGACUCGAUUUUGUUGAGGAUGUUGCCUUAAGGAAAAAGACGGUCUUUGUGGCCAAACGCAAUAUGAAAAAGAGUGGUCUUUGUAACAUACCAAAUAUGAUCAAGUUAUUCAAAGUUGUUGGAGAAGUUGUUCGUGCUGGAGUUAUUGUAGACCACUGGGGUGAGCAUGUGGGCUGUUGCUUUGUUGAGUUUGCUUCUGCUGAUGAAGCAAAGAAGGCGGUGCAAGUGAGGAAUGGUUAUAAUUUUUUUGUUAACGUGGCUGAGAUAGAUCGUCCAUACCCUUUCCGACUCAAUUACAAGCUUGCAGAGAAGCUUUGGUACGAAGACAACCUUCGACGAGAAGGCUUUGGUUUGCCGAUCAAACCGAAGCUGAGGGAAGCUGAGCCGGCAAUCGACUGAUAGACGAAGAAGAUAAGAUGAAGCUCUUUGGUGUCUUUAAGUACUUGUGAUAUUUGGUUAUUAUAUAUAAGAUAAAAUGUUCAUGUUUUG